CGUGUGACAUUUGAAUGGAAAUGGAUGUCAAAAUGCAUCUAUUUGCAUUUUAUAAUUUCAUUUAAUUUUAAUUUCCAUUUUACAAAACGGAAAACUCAAAUAUUUUAUUUCAUACAUCAGCUAAACAAGGCGAAAAUAAUUAUUCCAUCAAUUGUGUUAUUAUUUAUAUUUUAAGUACAAGUGUUUUUUGUGUUUCGUUAAUUUAAAUCUUGGAAAAAAUAGGUGCGGAAUACUCAAAUAAGUUUGAUUGUAUAACAAAGAAGAAAAAUUAAAAAAAAACCGAAUGAUAUUUUAAAGUGCACAAGUACAAGAAACUUUUUAUUACAAAAGUACAAUUUUUUGUUUCUUGGUCUUGUGCUGCCUGCUGCGGAGACGGCGACGGUGAUGCUUUCCCACCGUUUUCGUUUCAUAUUUCGUUUCUUUCAUUUUCUUCGUGUCGUUCGUGGUGUUCCACGGUAUAUAGAGUAUUAAAAUCAUUAAAAAUUCUAUUGUUGUACAAGUACAUACAUACCUCUACAUUAGUUUGAUUUUUUUUGUAGAUGUCGGUCGUGUGUCGUUCUCGUUGUUGUCGUUGUCGUCGACGGUCGACUAUCCAAUCACCACUUUUGGUUUUGGCUAGUAAUUGACUGAAUAAAAAAAAAUAAAGAAGGAAAAUUACAAUCAUAUCUAUUUUAUCCCCACAUUUUUUAAGUGUUUUUCAUUUAGCAAUAAAAUUGUGUUUUAAUGAAUUGUUUUACAUUUACAUUGAACGAGUAUUAAAGACGAAAAUAAAUAAAAACUCGUUUGCCCGGAAAAGUCAACAACUUGUGGAGCAGCUAGUACAUAGCAUAGAGCAUAGCGUUUCGUUUACUGAUCCGAUCCGAUCUAAUCCCAGAGGUAUCUUUGGGAUUUUGCAGUACUUUUAAGCUUCUUCGUCUACCUGUGAACUUAGCUUGUAGUAAUUUCGUGUGCGGUAAUUAUUUUUGCUGGCAAAAAAUAAACGCAUAAUUUGCAUCAAGCAAAUGAAGAAAAAUGGAUGAAAAUAUGCAAUUGUGUCGAAUUUGCAUAUCAAAUUCGGAAUGUGCGACCAUGAUUCCGAUAUUCGGCGAAGAUCUUUUGUGGAAGAAAAUUACAAUGCUAGCCGAUGUAAAGGUUGAGAAGGGUGAUACACUGCCGCAACAGGUGUGCAUGGUGUGUGCAAAGUCGGUUGUCGGUGCGUGUAUGUUAAAAAAAAAAUGCGAAGACGCAGACAACUUCUUUCGCCAUCAUUUGCAAAUGAUGCGAAAAAUGGAGCAAUUCCAACGGGGUGAUGGUGGCGGUGUUGAUGUGAUUACAAUUUCUGAGGGCUCAGACCAAGAUCCCAAUGACGACAAUGUGAAUUUAGUUAAUAGACAUCUAAUGACCGGCAGCAAUAUUGGCCUGCAGCUGAUGAACGGAAAUAAUUCGAGUAGCAAUGUCGGCGGCGGUGGAGCUUUACUUGAACAACAAAUUGACAACAAGAACAGCUAUGACAUGAAUUCGGUUCGUAUGAUGAUGAACAAUUUCUUGUUAGAACAGCAAUCUAAGGAAGCUGAUGCAAUGGCAGCUGUUAAUGGUUACCACAAUGAAGGUGAAUUCGCACCUCCAUGUGAUGCUUCCAUGGACGAUGAUCAGUUGCCUUUGAUUCCGGAAAUCGAACUUAUUACACCGAAUGAUGACGGUGGGACAGUGAUGGAUAGGCAACAUAUUGUCAAUAGUCAACAACAAGGCUAUCAAUGCAGCGUAUGUUAUCAGAUAUUUGUAAGGAAGUUUUUACUAAAAGAGCAUAUGCAGAGCUGUCACGGCAGAUCACCCCCGGUUUAUGAGUGUACAAAUUGUAAGAAGAGCUAUUUGUACAAACGUUUUCUCGAAAAACAUAUUCGUAGGGGGCGUUGUGUUAAAAAGCGAAGGAAUCAAACCCGUCCUAUGGAGUGCACAGACUGUCAUGUUCUUUUUCCAACAGGACAUCAUCUUGGAUGGCAUAAGCGAACUGGUUGCCCGUCUCGUGCUUCAAAAGUGCCCUUACAACAGUUAUUUAAACAAAAUAUCGUCCAAUAUAAUAAUUUUCCAAAACCUGUUAUUCCACCACAAAAACCAGAUAAUGCCUUGUAUAUACAAAACAGAAGGAUCCUACCGAAUACUUCUAAACGCAAGGGACGAACUCGAAUAAAGCUAGACGCAAAAAAGAUCGCUUUGGCAAAAAUUUUAAUUCUUAAUAAAGCGACAACUACUCAAAUCGCUCAAGAGCUCGACAUAUCGCGUACUUUCGCUUGGCGUUUAAGGAAGAACUUGGUUAACGGUGUAAGUCUUCAUGAACGUUUCGUUGAUCAACAAUCAUCUGAAGAAAAGCAGGAUAGUAUCCCAAAGGCGGCAGCAGUAAUACCUGAAGGGACUAAUCCACCAACUGAAGAAGUAAACUUAGACAUUAAAGUGGAACAAAAUGAAGAAAUCGAGCAUACAAACGCUGAAAGGACUGUGGUAAUAAAGAAAGAGGUUCAGGAUAAUGAUGAAGAAGAAGAAGAUGACGAAAAUGAUGAUGACGAUAGUGAUGAUGACGAUGACGACUCUGAUAGUGAUAGUGACAGUGACAGUGACAGCGACAGCGACAGUGACGAUGAUGAAGAUGACGACGAUGACGAUGAACAAGAGGAAGAACUGAACAAGAACUCUUCGGAACAGAAUAAUCAACAACCUGACGAGCUGUUAGCGAGUAAGGAGCAAAACUACCAUUGCAGCUAUACCAACGGCGCCAGCAACCAGAUCCAACAACAAAUCGAACAGUCGAAUUAUAAUGGGGUCCAACAAACAGCACCUAAUACAGAAACGCCUGCAUCAAAUCAAAUGAAUAUGCACAAUGAAAAUGCUGAAUCUGAUUCCGAAGAUGAAGAUGGUGAUGACAAUGAAGACGAUGACGAUGACGAUGACGACGAGGAUGAGGAUUCAGAGGAAGAAGGGGAAGAAGAAGCAGAUGAGGUCGAAAACAGCGAAGGACAGCUACAAAGAUACAAACAGCAUUUGAUGCAAACUUUACCUUCGGUGUUUCAUAUUCCACAACCAGGAUUUCCCCAACCAGUUAAUUUGUCAAUCAAGUCAAUGCAGCCUCAAACCACUAAUCUAACGCCAACAACAAAGAAGCCUCGAAAGCCCAAUGUAUUCAUUGAUGACGAGAAGUAUGCGACAGCUAAGAUCCUCGUAUCACAAAACUCUUCCACAAUGGAAAUCGCCCGACAACUAAACGUUUCACAAAUGACGGCUUGGAAACUUCGUGACGCUAUCGUAAAAGGUAUACCCCUAUCGUAUCGUAGCAAACGUGAAACGCGUCCAAAAGCCGAUAAACUACAAAAACCAGAAGCGUCAAGUACUCCAAAAGUGAAGUUGCCCCGGCGACGACUCAAAGCGGCUGAACGUGAACAGCGUGAUAGAGAAAUCACUCGAGAAAUACUUGAAAUGAUAAAGGAAGAUAGCAACAUUCAAUAUUGGAAAGUUUCGGCCAAAUUGGCUGAAAAAGGUUUCGCAAUAUCACCCUCUUCAGUAUGUCAGAAAUUAAAGGCUUUGGGAAUACAUCGCCGCUGGAAGCCCGGUGAUAAGCCGCCUAUACUUGAUAUGGACAGCUUAAAAAACAAUAGCAGUAUUGUUGGAGUAGGUAUUGGUGGUGGCGCCAGUGGCGGCGGUGGGUUCGGUGGAGGAACUUCAACUGACAGUUUUGAGUUCAACAAUGAACAUCAAUUCGAACUGGGUGGCGCACACUUUUUAAGUGCCUUUACGCAUUAGAAGACGUAAAUUCAAUUUAGUACUGAGUUUCAUCUUCUAUCAGCGUAUUUAUUUAUUUUGUUUCUCUUCUUGAGAAGUGGGCCGGUGAACAAUUUGUAUUAAUUAUUAAUUUAGAGCUGCAUUACGUGUAUAUUUAAAUUUUGCAACUUAAGUAUUGUUUAUUAGAACAAGCACACCCACCCUAACCCAAAUCAAAUAGACUAUAUUUGCAGUUGAUUCUGCUUGUCAUGAAAACAUUUUAACAGAUAAUUUAAAAGUUAAAAUUAUAAUUCUUUUUACUUAAAGAUUUUCUGUUAAGUUCGAAAGUAUUUUAUUUUAUAAGCUAAAAUCUACAUUCACAUGUAUUCAAUAUUUUUAUUUUUUCGUAAAAAAAUGGUAUAAACCAUUUUAAGUUAAUUUUACACUAAAAGAACUGAACAAAAAUCUACAAAAAAAGUAUGUUAUAAACGUCUAUGUACUCUGAAAUUUUAAGUAUUUUUUAUUUCGUUUGUCUUGUGAUCUAAUCAAGAUUUGUUAAUAUCAUCACUUAUCUAUUUUAAACUUGUUUUAACUAUGCCCUAAAUGUUUAUUCAAUCGACUGAAUUAGAUCAAACAACAACAAACAAAGUGUAAUCACCGAAACGUCAUAUUGUUGUUUUGAAAAUUCCAUAUUAUACUCAAUAAAAAAUUAGUUAAGCUAUUUCCUUAAAGGUAUUACAUAAAGUACAAAGCAUAGAAGUAAAACAACAACAAAAAAUACAUAAACUGGAGCAUAAUUAUGUUUUCAGUAGAUACGUACGUAUACAUAUCUAUUAUCGUUUUAAGAAAAAAUCAUAUUGCCUACAUUCAUACAUAUUUAUAUUUUAUAUUUACAUCAAACUUAAAUUCAAUCACUUCAAAGAAAAUAUGAUACUGAAAUUAAUGACGUUUUAAUUGAAUAAGAAUAUAUAUUUUGCAUUUUGUUGCCCCUCUGUUUCUAAAAAUGUUCUCACUUCAUAUUCAAAUAAAAGCACUCUGAUAAAUCUCCUCUUAUCAUCAAAUGAAUUGUCCUUCCUUUUGGAACAAUGACAACAUAAAUUAUAUUUUGAGGUGUCUCUCAACAUGUUUUAACUACCGUACAAAAAUUCUCCACUGCGAUUCAGGAUUUUUAUAUAAUGAUUUAUGACUGUAGAAAAGUUUUUUGAGAAAACAUCACUUUGUCGUUUUAGCUAGAAAAGUUGUAAUGCAAGUAAAAUACCCUUUUAUUAAGUGAACCAAUUUAAAAAUGAAGUCCUUAUUUGUCAAAUAGUAUUAGCUGCUCUCAGUGACUUGCAUUGCCGAUACCUUUAAAUACCGUCAAUCGGUGUUAGUUUGACACACUUAGCCAACGCAUUGCAUGAAAUGUGACACAAAAUUGGCUUUGCAUAUUAAAUAUAAUUAAGUGAUAUGCGGUGCAAAAAUGUAGGUACUUUGCAAACCCAGGUCCAAAAUAAUAACCUCUAAAACCAAUUUAUAUCUCAAUAUUUCCUAUUGUUUCAACUAAUCGCAACUAUGUCAAAUAAUAUAGUACGUCCUUCGUUCAGUAAAUAGUUCCUUUUAUAUAAAUUUUCUGCAACAAAUAUCAUAAGAAAUUCCAGGUCCGUUGCACAUUCAAGUUUUUGCACUGUACGCAUUUACCUUUUAUAAAAUCAAAAAUUGUGGAAUAUACCAUUUAAAUUUCCUAUCAAAUUUAAAUUUCAUCUAAAGCAUAUUCUUCAUUCAUAUCGUAUACAAAAGUCGGGCAAGAUUUGUUCGUAGCUUUUCACAUGUUAUGAGAGAUUGACUACAUCAGUUUUCUUGAAUAAAAUGAUUUAAAAAUGUGAGUAAGUAAAAAUACCCAACAAAUAUUCGCAAAAAUUAUUAACAGGCCUUCAUGAUCACAUUUUAAUAGUACAUUUGUUCCAAACGUUUUUUCCUGCUGAAACAUUCUUAUAACUCCAAUCUUAUUAACCAUAAUUAAAAUACGAUUUUCAAAUAAUAAUAAUUCGUUUAAUGUAUAUUCUAAACAAGACUAUUUUCUUAACAAACAAACCGUUAAGUAUUUUUCCCAAAACACUCCUUCAUAUGUAAAUCAUUAUUUUCAUUUUAAAGAAUUUAAUUCUUUCAUAAAAAAACUACCUUAUAAGCCUUUUAAAAAAUAAUCCUUCCUUUACUCAUUCAUGAAAAUGAAAUAAAAAAAAACAAACAAGCAACUAUGUAUACCACAUGUAUUACGAAAUAAAA